GCUGCCAAGCAAAUCCCAGUCGAAGGCUCUUCCCACGCCCCGCCUGCUCCUCUUCUCAAACGACUAAAACUGUAUUUCUUGUCUUCACGACUCCCUGAGCUGCCGUGCAAGCUUGCUCGCCGCUGCACGACGCAAUCUUUGCCGGCGUCUGUCGGUGCUUCUCCAUCGAUCAUCACUUGUAACUUAGGUGAUGGAGGACGAAGAUCACCGAAGCAAUGUUUUCUCAGAACUUAAAGUCUAUUGCUUAGACCUUCUGAAACUCAUCCAAAACCCUACCACGAGCCAAUCUUCAGUAACACUCCCUCAGUUGCUUCACUUUCUCCGCAGUUCUACCUCUGAUGCUUUGCAGCCAUUUUUCGAUUAUGCUUUGUUCCCGUUGCUGUUUGUAUUGGACGCGGCAGUUGAUUCUAGAUCAUCACGGAAGGUUAAUUCUGAUGUGAAAUAUGUGAUGCUUAAUGUGCCAAUGAAAACUCACAUGGUUAGUGAUAGUGUGGCUGAAGGAGUGCUUCAGUGUUUGGAGGAGCUUCUGAAGAAGUGCCGUUUAGGAUCUGUAUCUCAGUUGGCCGUGGUGUUGAAAAAAUUGACUUAUGGGGCCUUGCUUACUCCAUCAGAGGCUGCUGAAGAAUUUCGUGAAGGAGUAAUUAGGUGUUUUAGGACUCUGCUUCUUAGUUUACAUCCAUGUCCAGUCAAUUCCUGCUCGUGUAAACAAGUUUUGGGUUUGCCUGCAUUCCUAGCACAUAGAGAUAUUCAAGCAUCACUUUCAAAGCCUUCAAAGGUUGAUAAAGAGCCAGAAGAAUGUUUACUUGCAUUUCUCCGGUCUCAAGCUACUUCAGCCGCUGUUGGACACUGGCUAUCACUGCUUCUCAAAGCUGCUGAUACUGAAGCUGCGCGAGGUCAUCGAGGUAGUGCAAAGCUGCGUGUGGAGGCCUUUUUAACCUUUCGUGUGCUUGUUGCUAAGGUUGGCACUGCAGAUGCAUUAGCAUUCUUUUUACCUGGUGUUGUCAGUCAACUUGUCAAAGUUUUGCAUGUCUCAAAAACUAUGAUUAGUGGGGCUGCUGGAAGCGCGGAAGCCAUUGAUCAAGCGGUUAGAGGUUUGGUUGAGUUUGUUGUGAUAGUUCUGCAAGAUGAUGCUAAUUUAUCAGAACUUGAUUCGCCCUUAAAUGUUAAUUCUGGCUUUCCCCCAAAGAAUAAUUCUGCACAAUCAUUUCUGGAGGAACUCCGUCACUUGCACAUAAAUGAUGAAAGUCAGAGUCUGGCUAUAGCAGAGGAGCCAAGUGGCGCAGUCGUAGACUUGGUUAAUUCUGAAUCUGGAUUCAAUGAGAAGAAGAGCUCUGAUUCUGGCAUGAUUGGAUCUUUUCAUGUACAUCGUACAAAAGAUUGGAUUAAGAAAACUACAGGGCAUGUGGAUAAACUAUUGUGUGCGACUUUUCCUCGCAUUUGUGUUCAUCCGGCCAAACGGGUGAGGCUUGGGCUUUUGGCUGGCAUACAAGGAAUAUUAUCCAAGUGCAGCCACAUGCUGAAGGGGAGCCGAUUGAUGCUUUUGGAGUGCUUGUGUGUCUUGGUAUGUGAUGACUCCGAAGAGGUGUCUGCAGAUGCACAGAAAAUCCUUGAAUAUUUAUUCUUGUCAACUCCAAAACAUCAUUUAGAACAUGAUGUUGCUGAAAUAUUUAGCAGGUUCAUUGAAAAGCUUCCACGAGUGGUGCUUGGAAGUGAGGAGCUGCUUGCGCUGUCACAUGCCCAGCAAUUACUUGCACUGAUUUAUUAUUCUGGUCCUCAAAUUGUGGUGGAUCACCUUCUUCGGUCACCUAUAACUGCUGCCCAAUUUUUGGGUGUUUUUGCCCAAUGCCUGAGUCCAAACUCAGUGUUUGCUGGUUCUCUUGACAAGCUUCUUUCAGCAAGAUCAUUGUCAGCAGGGUAUCUGCAGUCUGUCAGUGAGUUAAAAUCUGGUUUAGGUUUUAGCAGUGAUGACCAGGCUAUUAUGAAUCCUGCAUCAUCUGAGGUCUCACAAUUCCAACACAAAGAUAUCAUUAUGGAAAAUAUGCUGAAGGAGUAUGAGCUUCCACGCAUGCCUCCUUGGUUUGUUUAUGUUGGUAGUCAGAAGUUAUACAAGGCCCUUGCUGGAAUUCUUAGACUUGUAGGUUUAUCUGUGAUUUCAGGCUUUAGAACUGAAGGGUGUUUAUCAAUCAUUACUGAUAUUCCUCUUGGUUAUUUGCGUAAAUUGGUUUCUGAGCUUCGGAUGAAGGAAAGCGGCGAUGAAGGUUGGCAGUCUUGGUAUGAAAGAACUGGUUCAGGACAGUUGCUGCGUCAGGCAAGUACUGCAGCAUGUAUUCUGAAUGAGAUUAUAUUUGGUAUGUCAGAUCAGGCUAUCGAUAUUUACACAAGGAUGUUUGGGAAGUCCAGGAUAAGAAAGGAAGAAAUGCAGGAAUACAAUCCAGCAUGUUCUGAAAGUCAGCCUGACAAAUUUGAUCAUGAUGUGCUUUCUGAAUCUUUUUGGAAUGUUUAUCAGAAAGGGAGUGCAAGUAAUUGCUUGAUUGAUUGUGUUGGCAGCAUUUUGCAUGAAUAUUUGUCCCCUGAAGUGUGGAAUCUUCCAAUGGAGUGUAAAUCUAAUAUUCGAGGACCUGAUGGCAAAGCUGAAGAAAUAACUUUGCACUUCUUCCAAGAUGUUGCCAUGUUACAUCAGGAAAUUGCAUUUCUCUUUGUUAUUAUUGAUGGAAUAGGCAUCUUUAAUAUAUGCCUUGGAAAAUGUUUUGAUUCUAGCCAAUUCCUUCAUUCAUCUCUUUAUCUAUUGCUUGAGAAUCUUACUUGCUCAAACUAUCAAAUUAGAAGUGCUGCUGAUGCCGUGUUACACAUCCUUUCUGCAACAUCUGGCUUUCCAACAGUAGGGCACUUAGUUGUGGCAAAUUCAGAUUAUAUAAUUGAUUCCAUAUGUCGGCAAUUGCGUCAUUUGAAUGUUAAUCCCCGUGUGUCAGUUCUGCUGGCUGCCAUGCUUUCCUACAUUGGAGUAGCCCGUAAAAUAUUACCACUGCUGGAGGAACCGAUGCGUCAUCUUUCAUUGGAGCUUGAGGUUCUUGGCAGGAAUAUGCACCCAGAUUUGACCGUCCCCUUUUUAAAGGCUGUUGCAGAAAUUUCCAAGGCAUCAAAGCAUGAGGCUAGUUCAUUGCCCGCUGACGCAGAGUCCUAUUGUAGAGAUGUAAAGUCUAAAUUGUCUGAUAUGGAAAAGAAAACACAAAAUAGCGAACAAAAUACAUAUUAUGAUGACAACAUUGAUAUAUCUCACAUGGAAUCAGGUGCCUACUUAAUGGAUGUUGAUAUGCAUAUGGAGCAAUUGGAAGGACUGUUGAUCAAGUUGAAUGACUCCAGAAGAUAUCGGCUGACUGUUGGAUCAAUUGCUGGUUCAUGUUUGACAGCUGCAACCCCACUACUUGCUUCCCCAAAGCAAGCAGUAUGUCUGGUUGCCCUGGAUAUAAUUGAGGAUGGCAUUGUGGCGCUUGCAAAAGUGGAAGAAGCCUAUAGGGUAGAGAAAGAAACCAAAGAGACAAUUGAACGUAUGAUCUCAGCCUAUUCAUUUCAUCAUCUUCAAGACUCCAUGGAUGCUGCUGAUGAAGGAAAAGAUGAGAAUAGGUUGCUGCCAGCAAUGAACAAAAUAUGGCCUUUCUUGAUUGUAUCUGUUCAAAACAAAAACCCGGUGGUUGUCCAGAGAUGUUUGGCUGUUGCAAGUACUACUGUGCAAAUAUGUGGCGGAGAUUUCUUUUCUCGCCGCUUCCAUACAGAUGGACCUCACUUUUGGAAACUCCUCACCACCUCACCAUUUCAGAAGAAGCCCUUUCCAAAAGCAGAGAAAACUAGACUGCAGCUUCCUUACAGAAGCACUUCUCUCUCUUCGGAUGACUCAGUGGCUGAAGUUUCCAACCUGAAAGUCCAAGCCGCUCUUCUCAACAUGAUUGCUGCAAUAUCGCAGAACAAAAGGAGUGCCUCAGCAUUGGAGGUAGUCCUCAAGAAGGUCAGUGGUCUUGUUGUGGGUGUAGCAUGUAGUGGUGUUAGCGGACUUCGCAAUGCUUCAGUGAAUGCCCUGGUUGGACUUGCCUCGAUGGAUCCUGAUCUCAUUUGGCUUCUCCUAGCUGAUGUUUACUACUCUUUGAAGAAGAAAGACAUGCCUUCACCACCCACCUCAGAUCUUCCAGAAAUCUCCCACCUUUUGCCCCCACCCUCGUCUCACAGUGGCUUCCUUCAUGUGCUGUAUGGAGGGCAAACUUUUGGCUUCGAUGUUGAUUUUGUUGCUGUGGAAAUUGUUUUCAGCAAGUUGCAUUCGCUGGUCUUUACUUCACAAAUGUACAUCUAACACACAGAUUUCAUUAUAUGGAUAGUGUUAAUUAAAGGAAGAGGGAGCAGUUUUUAGUCUGCAUCUUUCUCUACAUUGCAUCUAUAA